AAACCAGAUACAGAAGAAGAUAUUUGAAAAGCAGAUGCACGUGUCAAAGAUCAGCAUGAUCAUUCAUUUCCAACAUGUGCUACAGCGCGAAUGAGAUCAGAUCACGCUCAGAUGUCUUUCGGUGGAAAGACGUGCGCGGAAUCAAUUUCGUCUUUUUUUUGUCGGGGUCAGCCGGUACGCACAGGUUCCCGGGGUUGACCUGCUGCCGUGUUGACCUGCAGCUAGGACUCGAAUAAAAAAAAUCAAAAUGAUUUUUUUACUAGCGAGUUUGAGUUUAUCUUUAUCGUUAAUAUCACCAGGGAAGGAGGUUGAACAAGAAUGAAAGUAGAAUGUGGAUGUAUUGUUUGAGUUGUAGAGUCUAUGUGCUCCUUAAAUGCAAAUAGAAGCUCCACGAUACACAAAAAGGAAAACAGAAGCUCAAGUUUUCUGAUGCCGUUAUCCGUUAUCCUUCUUCAUCUGGGUCAUUGAUUUGCGUAACUCUACUAAACUUCAAAAUGGAUUUCGUGGGGAAAGAAAGUAAUGUGCUUACCAAAGCCGCGGAUUGCCUGAUAUGCCACCAGGACAUUCAGGAUCGUGUGCUCACCACAAAUUGUUGCGGAAAAUUUUUCUGCGAAGCGUGUCGCGAUGUAUACAAGAAGCCUGUGUGUCCUCAUUGUCGGAAGACGUCCAGCAACGGUUAUGAAAUCGCACGCGUCAAGUUCAUCGAGAUGCAGCUGGAUUCCGCCCAGGUGAAGUGCCAAGCCUGCCACGAGACCAUGACCCGCAAACAAUUUCGCAAAGAACAUUGCUCCUCUACGUCGGGACUCUACUGGGAGCAAAAAAAUCCAUGCGCUGAGGCAGUGCGGAGCUGUCCGCACUCCGUGCACGGCUGCAAGUUCCAGGGAAAGCUGGCAGACAUGCAAAAGCACCUCGGAGCCACAUGCAAGCGCGUACGCCUACACUUUGAUAGCUACAAUUUAAAUUUUGCAGCAGCUGAGGACAUUGAUGCUGUUUGUCACGCCGCUGGUCUUUAGGUUGUUGAGCUUGAUUCUGACUCCUAGAUCGCGCUUCUUUCCGUAAUAAACACUCGACGAAGUGUAGUAAUAAAAGAGAGAGUGAUUCAAUAUUUUUUCUCGAGUCUCCGGGAAAAAAUACCGAAUCGAAACGCACUCAUGCAUGAUGAGAAAAGUGGGCGAGUUGGACCCAGAGCAGCCGUCUGCCCGUUUGUGACCUGGAAGGCCCCAAGUGACGCAGUAAUAUGUAAGGUUCCAAUAAAAUCAGUACCAACCAAUUGGAACACGAGGGGGGCCCUGUUUUACGCUCACUUUUCUUAAUGCAACCCAAUCACUUACAGGGAUACCGUUUGCUCGAUGCACAGGCCGUGGAGAUGUGCGGCGGCCGGGAGGGACUGAAGGCCUCGGUCAAGCUGAUUGAAAGCGUGCUCAAGAUAUGUCCGCCUAUCUCGCCCGAGGCCCUGCAGUGUCUUUUGAAAGACGCGCAGACACAACUGACAGCGCGAAUCUUUAUCGCCUUAGCUUCGCACAUUGGACACGAAAAUAUCAAAAACCUACUGAGCCCGCGAAACGUCUUUGUUGAGUUGCAAGAAGGCGCUUCCAGCAGCGUGGACGGCGCGGAGAAGGUUGCUCACAUCUGCGAGUGCCUUUUUAGCUCAGCUGUCGGGAACCGGGCGAAGAAAGAAGAUGGUAGUUGGACUGAGGGCGCCGGUGAACUCUGGUCUGCUUAUAGAGAGGUUUUGAAGGGCCGUGUUGUGGAUCGGUAUAACUUGUUGCCGUUCGCUCAACGAGCCAACCCGAAAUCGAUCACCUUGACUCCAAUUGGGCGUGCUCUCCAUUGGGAUUCCGGAAAAAUCAAAGCAACGUGGCGGAAUAUGUUUGGGUUGGUCGGCUCCUCGGAGAAGGUCAGUAAUAAACGUCCUCGAACCUCCGGUAGUGAGAGCGACAGCACCGAAAGUGAGAGCGACAGCGAUGACCUUUUCUGACAAGCACAGGAGAUGCCCACGCGAUUGUGCAAUUAUUUCAUGAAGGUUUGUCUGGAACAUUUUGAUUUUCAUUUUACUAUCCCUUUUUCUUUGC